AUGCCACUAAAUAAUAGGAUUGUAGUUUCGAUUGGGGGUGGACAUGGGGCUGGUGUUACCAAUGUUUCUUCUCUAUUGAAACAGUCCUUAAUCAAACUUUUCCCCUCCCUCAUCAAGAUAAAAAUUGUUAAUAUGGAUGAGUUAGUUAUCGACACUACUUGUAGAAAAUAUAGCGAACAGGAUUAUAAUUUUGCUGAGAUAUAUGAAAAGUUGGUAGAACCAAUUUCGCUGGAGGAUAAUUCUAAUACAAUUGAAAUUGUUAUUCUCUGUGGUAGUUAUGCCCUUUUUAAUGAUAAGAUCAACGAAAUCUCCAAAUUAAAAAUAUUCUUAGAUACUGAUGGCGAUGACAGAUUAAUAAACUUGAUUCAUCUUAAGAAUGCCGCUGACGAUAAAGAGAGCUUGGCAUUAUUAUUGCAAGAAUAUCUUGAAAACAUGAGACCAGAGAUGGAAAAGAAUAUUAGUCCAACGAAAAAGUUAGCAGAUUUGAUAAUACCGCAUAUGAAAGGAAGUAAUGCGAAUACUGAUAAUGAUAAUAUUGGGUUAGAAAUUAUAGUUGAUGGAGUAGUCAAGAUUAUCGAGCAUAUAAACGAUAAGAAUGGUAAUUCUUCAAUGAAAAGAAUAUCAUCAUCUCCAUUAUGGGAUUUCCAAACAGAAUUACUGAAUGUUGAGAAGGAUAGAUAUUAUGAUUUAAGUUGA